CAGUAAAUUAGUAAAAAGUAGCGGUUAAGUGUUUGGAACCCAAGUUUAACCGUGUGAGUUGCACUUUUUAUGAAGAUCAGUUUGGUACUUCGCAAUCGCAGUCGCUCAACUUUGAAGUUGAACCCUUCGCCUGUACGGACAAACCAACGCGGUGGACAUGGCAAGGCGCUGUUGGCAUAAACUGAAAACGACAUGUCGUUUCCAACUGUCUCGUCACCUUUCUUCUUCAACCUCUCUCCCGCCACCUCCUCUUUCCUCUCCCCGGAGGGUGGUCGUCACCGGUACUGUACCUUUCUCCAGUCUCAUUUAUUCGCUUAUGAUGCUUUGACGACUUCUCGAUUUUCAGUAUUAAGAAAGGAAAAAAGACAACUUUCGGGAGAGCUUUUCUAUACUGGGCUUGGGCUGGUGACUCCACUCGGGUGCGGAGUAGGAACAACUUGGAAGCAUUUGAUAGAAGGCAAGUGUGGAAUAAGGGCAGUAACCACAGAGGAUUUGAAGAUGAAUGCUUUUGAUAAAGAGACACUGACGCUUACCUUCGAUCAGUUAACUUCUAAAGUUGCUGCAAUUGUGCCUUGUGGGACUGCCCCUGGUGAAUUCAAUGAGGACCUUUGGUUUAAUGCUAAGGAUCAUCGAUCAAUUGCGAGAUUUAUAAGCUAUGCAUUAUGUGCUGCUGAUGAAGCUUUAAAAGAUGCAAAAUGGGCACCCGCAGAUCAGGAACAGAAGGAAAGAACGGGAGUCUCUAUAGGUGGUGGGACUGGAAGUAUUAGUGAUAUCUUAGAUGCAGCGCAAAUGAUCUGUGAGAAGCGUAUUCGUCGACUAAGUCCUUUUUUCAUACCAAGGAUACUCAUCAACAUGGCAUCUGGUCACGUGAGCAUGAAAUAUGGAUUCCAGGGACCAAACCAUGCUGCAGUGACUGCUUGUGCAACUGGGGCUCAUUCUAUUGGUGAUGCUAUGAGGAUGGUUCAAUUUGGAGAUGCUGAUGUUAUGGUUGCUGGUGGCACAGAGUCUAGCAUUGAUGCUUUGUCAAUAGCUGGAUUUUGCAAAGCUAGAGCUUUGACUACCAAGUAUAAUUCUUCCCCUUCAGAAGCUUCACGACCUUUUGACUGUGGCCGGGAUGGGUUUGUGAUAGGUGAAGGUUCUGGUGUCUUGAUAUUAGAGGAACUUGAGCAUGCAAAAAGUAGAGGAGCAAAAAUUUAUGCAGAGGUCCGUGGAUAUGGGAUGUCAGGUGAUGCUUAUCACAUUACUCAACCACAUACUGAUGGAAGAGGUGCGAUUUUGGCCAUGGCACGUGCUUUGAAACAAGCUGGUCUGCAUCCUAACCAAGUGGACUAUGUGAAUGCUCAUGCUACUUCUACACCUUUGGGUGAUGCAAUUGAAGCAAAUGCAAUCAAAGCCAUGUUCACUGACCAUGCAACAUCAGGUUCUUUGGCCUUCUCCUCGACAAAGGGUGCUGUCGGUCAUCUUCUUGGUGCAGCCGGAGCUGUUGAAGCAAUUUUUACUGUUUUAACCGUACACCAUGGGAUUGCACCUUUGACAUUAAAUCUCACUAAACCUGAUCCCAUGUUUAAUGAUGCUUUCAUGCCUUUGACUGCUUCCAAGGAAAUGCCAAUUAGAGCUGCGUUGUCUAAUUCUUUUGGCUUUGGAGGAACAAAUGCGUCCUUACUUUUUGCAUCCCCCUCCUAGAACAGAUUGAUUGGCCAAACUUUUUGGUAUUGGCAACCGUUAACUGCAGAGAAACAACUUCAUUAUGUGACUGCGGAAAAUUUUGAGCUUCAGAUUCUUUAAGAUCAACAGUCAGCAAUAGCUGCCAUAGAGCCGAGGACAAUGUAAUGAUGGUUCUCUUUGCACCGUGAUUUAUGAGACAUUUAUGAUUAGAUAAACAUCAAAGAAAGUGAUACAAAUUGAACUGUACCUUUGGUCAUAUAUUUGUGCAUUCAACAAACUUUUAUCACAUUGCUGCAUUUUCUUGACCAAA